GAGCCCCAUCUUGAUGGUUGUUCUAAUGAGCCCGCGGUAAGUAUUGCAAAAGACCGCAAACAAAGAUGGCGGACGAUGCUUAGGAAAAGUGCUAAAACAGUGUUUGCUGUCAUUAGUACAAGUUACCCAUUGCUAUGAUGAGUUCCAUUCUUAGUUUGCGCCGUGUGAGGAUAAUACACAGACAUUUGAGGUCCGGUGGGGUAUUUUUUCAGCCUUCACAAAAAGCUUUCCGCCCCCUCACAAGUUCGUCCACAGACAACAACUAUGACCUAGUUGUCAUUGGUGGUGGUUCUGGUGGACUUGCUUGCUCCAAAGAAGCGGCAAGUCUAGGAAAGAAGGUUGCUGUAUUAGAUUUUGUGGCUCCAUCUCCGCAAGGGAGUACUUGGGGCAUAGGGGGCACUUGUGUAAAUGUCGGCUGCAUUCCAAAGAAACUGAUGCAUCAUGCAUCACUGCUUGGUGAUGGUAUCAAGGAUGCCAAAAAGUAUGGCUGGCAACUUUCUGAUCAGAUGACCUUUGACUGGGGGAACCUUGUAACGGGAGUUCAAAAUUAUAUCAAAUCACUUAAUUGGGGAUAUAGAGUUCAACUGCAUGAUAAGAGUGUACGGUACAUACCAGGAAUGGCAUCCUUUGUUGACAGACAUACUAUCAAGGCUGUACUGAAAUCAGGCAAAGAGGAAUUGCUGACAUCAGAGAAAGUUGUUAUUGCUGUUGGAGGAAGACCACGCUUUCCGUCUGACGUUCCAGGAGCAAAGGAAUACUGUAUCACAAGUGAUGAUCUCUUCUCACUUCAAAAACCACCUGGGAAAACGCUUGUUAUCGGGGCAUCAUAUGUAGCUUUGGAAUGCGCAGGUUUCCUGGCAGGGUUUGGUUACAACACAUCCCUUAUGAUGAGAUCUAUUCCUUUGAGAGGCUUUGACCAGCAAAUGGCAUCUCUAGUGACUGAAUACAUGUCUCGACAUGGUACCCGCUUUAUCAAUCAAUGUGUUCCAGUGAGUGUUGACAAACGGCCUGAUGGCAAGCUGCACGUCCAGUGGACAAACCCUUCAUCAGGGGAGAGGGGGGAGGAGGAGUUCGAUACUGUCCUUAUGGCCAUAGGGCGAGACCCAUCUACAGCGGCUUUGGAACUUGACAAGGCUGGGGUACAGGUCGACAAGUCAGGCUUUAUCAUCGGAAUGGAGAAUGAGCAGACGUCAGCCAAAAAUAUAUAUGCAUUGGGGGAUGUACUACAGGACCGUCCCGAGCUGACGCCUGUCGCCAUCAUGGCUGGUAAACUGCUGGCCAGGAGAUUGUUUGCGGGCUCGACGAUUCAAAUGGAUUACGAUAAUAUAGCGACUACAGUGUUCACUCCUCUGGAAUACAGUACGGUUGGUCUGUCUGAGGAAGACGCCAUUAGACAAUAUGGCGAGGAGAACUUAGAGGUAUAUCAUGCAUUCUACAAACCUCUUGAGUUCAGAGUUACGGAAAGGGAAGAGGAUGUCGGCUAUAUCAAGGCAGUUUGCCUUCGAGAGGGAGAGCAGUCAGUCAUUGGCCUCCACUACCUCGGGCCUAACGCUGGAGAGGUCAUGCAAGGGUUUGCUGUAGCCAUAAGGUGUGGCUUGACUAUGCGCAUGCUCAGUAGUACUGUUGGUAUUCAUCCCACAUGUGCGGAGGAAGUCGUCAAGCUUCACAUCACGAAACGCUCAGGAGAAGACCCAACAGUCACAGGAUGUUGAGGUUAAGGCGGUCCCUCAUUGCGCAUGAUCUUCAACCUCACUCGUAACCAGAUCCCUUAUCAGGCCCGUCGUCCGGUGUUGGACCUGGUAGCGGUUCGUUUACGGUUGGUUGAGGCUGUUGUGAGGGACCUUUCGCAGUAAACAGAUUUUUGUGUCGCGGAAUAGUGCUUAAGAGCAUUCCCGGUUUGUCAAACCUCGCGGUUUUUUUUUUAUAUUUUUGGUUUCAAUGUGCAGAGUAUUGCAAUUCGGUUUUUCUUUGGCUUCUGGUAUAGUGUUCGCGACCAGGGUAUUGGGAUUCGUGUUUUUUAUUCGACUUCUGCUAUAGAGUAUUCGCGUGGCUUGACCUCUAAGAUACAGUGUUCGCGUGGCUUGACAAAUUGGGUUAGCUUAUAACACGCUACUUGCGUAUGACGCGAGGCUACUAAGCUGGUAAUCAGUGUAGUCCCGCCGAUGAUAUGAUGACGAUGCAAGUCUAUUACUGUUUUAUUUGUAUAUUUAUUUUUGCAUUUACUAUUUUGAAUUGUCAAUUUUGUAGCGAUCGGAGCAGGGAAAUCUCAUUUUCUACAACACUUGCGCGGAAUCUCGCUUUCUGAUUGGUUGUUAGCUAUAGUAAAUCAGAGGACAUUCCACGGAAUUCGUCAUUCACACAAUCCUUGCAGGUUCACUUGAAGCGAAAGAGACGAAAAACUUAAUUCAAAUUCGAGAAAUUUGGUUCUCAAUCUUUUCUAGUAAAUGUAUUUUCUAUCCUUACAAAAGGACACUAAAUGUAAUGGAGACUGCAAGGUUUUAAAGCUAAAGUUUUCAAUUGUCGUUGAUCUGCGCGCGCUGCAAACACCGGUUGCAUGCGCUCGCGCACGCACUAGAAAACACACCAUUUCAAACGAGCGCGUGCUCUUUUGAUUUUGCAAAAUGCUGUUUUCGUUGUUUGUGUUGUAGAAAUCAAAUUUCCCAUAGUUUUCCGUGGUAUGUACUCUUAUACACCACGAAAUUCGUCACCUCAUGAUCAAAAUUUACUACUACGUCUACUACUAAAAUUUACUAAGCGCCUCGUGACUCAACAUUUUGAUCAUAAGGUGACGAAUAUCGUGGUGUAUAUGAGUACACACCACGGAAAUUUGUUAAAUUGACAUUAUGUUAUCACACUCGAGAAAGAAAAGAUUCUAGAAAACAUGAUCCACGAUUAUUCUUGUUGCCAUGUUAACUAUGCCUAGCCGCGUUGACAGGGGGAAGUGUCACGUGGUUUGUUCCCGUAGCGAUAAGUGAGAAACUCGGGGAAUUUUUUUUCCCUAUCCACCGAUUUUCCUAUAAUUGAUGGCUUGAUUUGUCAAGUCUCUAUGCAUUAGCCAGCAAAGUAGUGAUUUAUCAAUUACCUACCUUUUCUUCGAUAUCACUUAUGUAAUUUCGAAACAUUUAAACAAUCUUACAGAGAACAAAAUUUAUACUUAUUAAACUCUAAGAUUUAAAUUCAUCUGAGCUAGGGACGAAGCUAAAUCGCUUUUUUGUGUUUCCUCUGCUUCAGUUCAGCCUUACAAUAUCCUUCGGCUCCUUGCAGUUGCGAAGAGACGUGAUUUUGCCAGCAAAAACUUUACUUUGGGGGACUAAAGUAUAUGACACAAUUGGAGUGAUGAAUAGUGCUUAGGCAAAGUAGACAUGUUUAUGAAGAGGGAAAUGAGGUUGAUAUAGGUUGGUCCGUCCGCACGAAGCGUGCGCGGUUAACGUCAUUUACACCUAUAAAAAUAAAGUGAAGAGAAAAGCCAA